CCUUUUGAUCACUCAUUUUUUUCCCAAGUCUAAGCUUCUAUGAAUGGCGGCAAUCCCACUCACACUAGUCCUUUUUACUCUCAUCAUCACCAUCACUCAUAAAAUAUUCCACUACAACCACCUCCACCACCAAAAUUUUCACUUCCUUUACUCAAUAAACCCAUUUGUUACUUGUGAAACCAAUCUUUAUUAUGAACCUACAAGAAGAUAUAUGUCAAAACUCAAAUCUUCAAAUCAAAAUUGCUUCUUGAAUCAUUUUCAAACAGCUUACUGUCUAAGAUUCGACCCGUUUUUAAUGGGAUUAAGGCUCUGACGUUGUUGUCGUUGUAGUAGUUACUGUCUCGGAUUGUCUUCUCAAUCUCUAAAACGCAGCCUAUUCAGUAUUCACCAAUGAUGGGGCUGCUGCACUUGGAGUUGUGGCUUGUUUUUUUUCUUCUCUAUGGCAUGUUUAGUGUCAGUUUCUGUGAUCCAGACGGUUUUCUGAGCUUAUCUUGUGGGGGAACUGCCACUUAUGCUGAUUCACUAAACAUAACAUGGAUCCCUGAUGAUGAUUAUAUCAAUGUGGGUCAAACAACCACUAUCAAUAAUGUGGACAGCACAUCUUCAUCUAACACUUCAAUCCGAUAUUUCCCUGAUGUAAGAGCACGUAAUUGUUAUAAGAUUCCUGUGCAAAAUGCAUCAUCUUCAGUUCUUGUUAGAGCCAAAUUUGCGUACCAGAACUAUGACAAGCUCAUGAGAGGUCCAGCAUUUUCUCUGUCCCUCGGUAGAUCUAUGGUUGCUACAAUAAACCUCUCAAAGGUCGAUCCUUGGAUUGAAGAUUUUGUAUGGCCAGUUUCUAAGGAUUAUAUACCAAUUUGUUUCCAUCGUAUACAAAAUGGUGGAGACCCAGUGAUAUCUUCUCUUGAACUUCGGCCACUUCCUCAAAGAGCUUACAAUAACAGUUUGCAUGGUCCUCAGAAGAAUUUGCUAAGGACCUGUUAUCGGAUAAAUUGUGGUUAUACAAAUGGUUCUCUUAGGUACCCCUUGGAUCAAUAUGAUCGUGUAUGGGAUGCUGAUGAAGAUUUUUCACCCUCUCAUCUGUCAAUGGCUCUUUAUACCAAAUACGACCUCAAUACCUCCUCAAUAAAUGAGGUACCGCCUAUGGUUGUUGUGCAAACCGCCAGACUGCUGGAGAGAAGAAAUCUGUUGACUUAUGAUCUACCAUUAGAUGAGCUUGGAAGCUACUAUGUAGUUCUCUACUUUGCUGGGAUUGUACCUGUUUCCUCUAGGUUUGACAUAUUGGCUAAUGGAGGAAUUAUUCAAUCAAAUUACUCUGUGAUUAGCAGAAACUCGACUGUAUUUUAUUUUACAAUGGAGCAGAUAAGGGGACUGAACAUUACCCUCCAAAACAUCAGCUUUUUCCCUCUAAUCAAUGCUAUAGAGGUGUUCGAAAUAGUUGAUAUACCUCCAGAAACUUCUUCAACCACAGUUUCAGCUCUUGAGGUUAUUCAGCAGUACACGGGUCUGGAUUUAGGAUGGGAGGAAGAUCCAUGCUUUCCAAGACCAUGGAAUCAUUUAACAUGCGAUGGAAAUCUUGUCACAUCUAUAGGACUUUCUGGCAUAAAGUUGAGGUCAAUCAGCCCUGCCUUCGGUGACCUAUUAGAUCUUAGAACACUGGACUUGCAUAAUGCAUCCUUAGCAGGAGAGAUACAAAACUUGAAUGGUUUGCUACAUAUAGAGGAACUAAAUUUGAGUUUCAACAAUCUCACGUCCUUUGGGACUGAUCUGGAGAGCCUAGUGAAUCUUCAACUUCUGGAUUUGAAAAACAACAGCUUACAAGGAACGGUUCCUAACAAGCUGGGAGAUUUGAAGAAACUUCACUUACUGAAUCUGGAAAACAAUAAAUUACAAGGGUCUCUUCCGCACUCUUUACAGAAAGAAGGUUUGGUUGUCAGGACGUUGGGGAAUUUGUGCUUGUCUUUCUCGACAUUAGUAUGCAACCAUUCUGGGGAUGCUCCAAUUGAGGCACCUCAAUUUACUGUGGUCCCUGAAAGGAAGCACAGAGGUCAUAUGCGUAUAGUCAUCAUUCUUGGUGCAGUUGUUGGAAGCAUAUGUGUGCUUGUUACGAUUGGUUUUCUCGUAUUAUUAUAUGUGAGAAAGAAUGCACCUAAAUUCAGUGAUGUAGCAAGGGCUGAAGCUGAUAUUAGAAACUGGAAUGCAUCCACGGUAUAUUCUUACAAAGAAAUUAGAAAAGUAACAAAAAAUUUCAAGGAUGUAAUAGGGCGAGGAAGUUUUGGAUCUGUUUACCUUGGGAAGCUUCCUGAUGGAAAGAUGGUUGCUGUGAAAGUUCGAUCAGAUAAUACACAACUUGGAGCUGAUUCCUUUGUUAAUGAGGUUCGUUUACUCUCACAAAUUAGACAUCAGAAUCUGGUAUCUUUGGAAGGGUUCUGUCAUGAGUUAAAUCACCAGAUACUGGUUUAUGAAUAUUUACCUGGUGGAUCACUGGCUAACAGCCUGUAUGGUUCAAACAGUGAGAAGUUCACACUGAACUGGAUACGGAGACUUAAAAUUGCCAUUGAUGCCGCAAAAGGUUUACACUAUUUGCACAAUGGGAGCGAACCAAGAAUAAUACACCGCGAUAUCAAAUGCAGCAACAUACUUCUUGAUGCACAGAUGAACGCAAAAGUUGCUGAUUUUGGCCUGUCAAAGCAAGUAACUGAAGAAGAUGCAACCCAUGUAACUACCAUUGUAAAGGGCACUACUGGAUAUCUUGACCCUGAGUACUACUCUACCUUACAGUUAACUGAAAAAAGUGAUAUCUAUAGCUUUGGAGUUGUUCUUUUGGAGCUCAUUUGUGGUCGGGAACCAUUUACUCGUCAAUAUGGAGCUCCAGACACCUUCAAUUUGGUUUUAUGGGCCAAGCCAUAUUUGCAAGUGGGAAUGUUUGAAAUAGUGGAUGAUAACCUGGUACAAGACUUUGACAUGGAGAGUAUGAGGAAAACAGCAACUAUUGCUUCAAGGUGUGUCGAGAGAGAUGCGUCGAUCAGGCCUACUACAGCUGAGGUACUGCAUGAACUCAAAGAAGCCUACAGCCUUCAGCUUGCAUAUCUUGCUUCAAAUGGACGAGCUACUUAAGAGCUUCAGUUCCAGUUCUAAGAUGCAGCAGGAGUACGGUGCUUCAUAUAAUAAUCUUCAUGGCGCUAUAUUUAUGAUACUAGCAUAAACAGAUACAUAUAUUUAAGUCCGGCUUUAAGAUAUUGCAAGAUAGAGAGAUAUACUAUAGUUGCAUACCUUGAUUAGGAUAAAUGAAGAGAAAUGUACAAGUAUAGUUGAGAAAAUUACAGAUAUCUUGAUUGUAUUUCAACCAAACUUUCAAGAAUAACAAAUACAUCGUCUGCUUACA